AUGGACGAAGACGACGAGGAAUUAAUCGACGACAUCGAACAAUACGUCCAAAUACGCCCAUCCCUCGCGCACCAAAACGAAGCGAUAUGCAGAGUGACCUGCCCGGAUAAAACAGGUUUAGGCGCGGAUUUAGCGAGGACCAUUUUCGAUUUCGGUUUAGUCGUCGUGAAAGGAGACUUCGCCACGGAUGGACAGUGGGCGUUCGUGUUGUUGACGAUAUACGCGCCGCCGUCGACGCACGAGUUGCAACGGUCGUCAAAAUCAUCAGGGGGAGGAAAAGGUUCGAAGAACAAGAAAAAGAAGACAAAGAAUAAGAGCGAUGAGAGUAGCGAGGAUGAGAGCGACGGCGAUGACGAUACCGCGACGAGGAACGACGAUACUACCUCUCGUCAUCGAAGCGAUUCCGGGGCCGAGAACAACAGCGAAAAAAGCACGAACCCCGAAGAAGAAAAUGAAGAAGAAAAUGAAGAAGAAAACGAAGAAAGUGAUGACGAUGAAACAGAAGAAGAAGAAGAAGAAGAAGAAGAGGAAAAAGCGGUGAACUGGAAACUGUUACAAAUGCGAUUGGAGAAUUUGUGUCCCAAAAAGUUAUCCAUCGCGAAAAGCGGUAAAGAGAGCAACGGAGGAAGAAACAGCAGCGUCAACGAGAGCGAUCGAGCGACAAACCUUCAGAAAGGAGGAGGAAGACAUUCGAGAAAAUCGAGCUCGAGGCUGGACGAAAUUAUCAACGCGAACAACAAAAACGGAGGCAAGAGUCAUUUAGAAGAUAUGAACGGCGAUCAUAGGAGUCACAACCACGGGGAAGACGAUACGAACAGAAGACGGCGAUCGCAAGUCUCUUCGUCCUCUAACAAUAAUAAUAAUUCAUCGCGAUUGAUGAAGCAGCAACAAUCCUACUCGGAUUUUCACGAUUAUUUCGACGACGACGACGAGUAUUAUAAACCGUCGACGUUCAUUUUGAGAGUCGAAUUAGACGACCGAGUAGGUUUGUUGAGAGAUUUAACGUUGACUCUGUGGGAGUGCGCGUUAAUCGUCCAACGCGCGCACAUCUCCACCUCGCCGGCAAACACUGCGGUUGAUUUAUUCUACGUCAUGGAUACAAAGGACGAACUGCCAAACGAAGAUCGAGUGCAAGAAAUCGAAAUGGCGGUACGGUCAGUCGUCGCGCACGGGAACGAAGUGAAAGUAGGCUUACACCAAGUUCCUUUUUACGCGCAGGGCGAUUACAUCACCCGGGCCGGAUGGUUGGACGAUUUUAGCAUCUCGCAAGUGGAAUCGGCGAGCGCGACAGAAUAUCCUUCCUGCGACGUUUGGGUGGAUAACUUAAUGAGCGAAAGGCACACGGUGUUUCAAAUGAUUUCCAGGGAUAGGAAAGGUUUGUUGUACGACAUCUUGAGAGCUUCGAAGGAGUUAAAAGUGCAAAUCUACUACGCGAAAGUCGAGAUGAAAUCUGGAGGUUUGUGCGAGAUUGACUUGUUUUGCGAGCGAAUGACGAACGACGAAAACGCGAGAUAUUUGUGUCAAAAGUAUAAACAGAACAUCGAACGGCCGGUGGCUGUUCAGAUUACGAGUAAAGGUAUCGACGAUUUAGCGACCGAGAUGAGAGUGAUUUGUCCUUUAGAUUUUACCGGCGUGACGAGACCGAGAGUUUUGUUGGACGCCACGGAAGCGCUGAGAAGAUUGAACGUGAUGGUAUUCAAAGCGGACAUUGUGAUCGAUCCAGGAUUUAGCGAAGGGGUAAUGCUCAACGACCAGACGACGACGACGUCGCAAGGAUCGUCGCUUCGUAAAUCUGGGAGCAGUAAGAGCGUACACAGAACUUUAGCGAGAGAAGUCCACCGAUUCAUAUUAACCGACGAACGAGGCAUGCCAAUCAGUAACGUUCGCGAUCGCAAAACCGUCUGCGACGCGGUUUUGAAAAACUUGCUCGGAUUGAGAGGCGCCAACGAAUAUUUCCCGGGUAUGUCCGAAGUCUCCGAAGGGAGCGACUAUUACAACGCGUCGUCGGACGAAUACGGCGAUAGCGAUGACGACGACGACGACAACUUCGACGUCGGCCACUACGGCGUCGGUCGCAUUGGCGGCGCGAGACGAGCGAAUACUUCUUCGUCGCGGAGAAAGAAAAGUAAUAGCGGUAACGUUAAUAAUAACAACAAAGGAGGAGAAGGAGGAGGAGGAUACAUCGGCUCGGCGAUUGGGUUCGCCAAACGGCUUUUGCUUUUCCAAAAAAAGUAA